ACCUCUAUAUCAGUUGGCCCGUGGCCCGUGGUUCGUGUGUCGAAAGAACUGAUUCCAGUCGACGCUGGGCGCCGAUCUUUGUCUUCACCCACGGAAAGCAUUCCUGCUCUCGCUCUUUCGCUCACUUGUCUCUCCAUCGCUCUCGCUGUCGCUGUGUUUACGACAAAACAGUAUCAGCUGGCAAGAAAUGGCCUGGAGUUUCGCGUGUGUUUGGGCGUGAUAAUAAAUUUAUUAUCGAUUCGUUCACGAACAUUUACGAACAAAUUAAAUCGUUACGAUCAUUGUCUGUGGUUAAUAACAUAAAAAAAAUAUCCAAAAAUGUCGGACGUUAAAAGUUUGGAGCAUUCUACGUUGAAGGUACCGUACGAGCUUCUCAACAAAAAAUUUAGAUCAACGCAAAAAGUGUUAGACAAAGAAGUAUGCCAUGUUCACAUAGCUACGAACGAAUUGGAAAAAGGAUUGAAGACGUCAGACACGCCGGCUCAGACAGGUGAAAUAACAAGACUUUUAGGGGGUGUAGUUGCCAAACUCCAAGUUCUGAAACGCAAGGCUGAAGAAUCUAUCGCCGAAGAAUUGCAAGCUGGUAUAGUAUGUAAAAGGCGACUCGAUCAUUUGAAAGAGCAUGGAAACACAGCACCGAGUGCUGUUAAUCAGUGGAGGAGACAACGUCUUGACAGAAUGUUGGUGGAAUAUUUUUUGCGCAAAGGUUACUACAAAACUGCUACAAAAUUGGCUGACAGUAUGGAGCUCAGAGAUCUCACGAAUAUCGAUGUUUUCAUGGUUUCACGAGAGGUUGAAAUAUCACUGGCAAACCACGAGACAGCAAGAUGUCUAGGUUGGUGUUACGACAACCGUUCAAAGCUUCGUAAAUUGGGCAGUACAAUGGAAUUCAAUUUGCGAGUCCAAGAAUUCAUCGAGCUCGUCAGAUCGGAUCGUCGUUUAGAUGCGGUUAAACACGCUCGUAAAUGUUUUUCCAAUUAUGAUGAUUAUCAGCUUCAAGAGAUUCAGAACUGUAUGGGACAACUCGCUUUUCCGGCCAAUGCCUACCUCAGUCCAUACAAAUUUCUCCUUGACGAAAGAAGAUGGGACAAACUCAUAGAACAAUUUCGACAUGAAAAUUUCAAACUUUUUCAAUUAGCGAGCCAGAGCGUAUUUACCGUUGCGCUGCAGGCUGGAUUGUCGGCUCUCAAAACACCACAGUGUUACAGCGCCAAUAAAGAAGGCAAAAAUCCUAGUUGUCCAGUUUGCAACGAAGCCCUCAACGAAUUAGCUGCUCCAUUGCCAUUUGCUCAUUGCUCACAAUCACGAUUGGUCUGUAGCAUUAGUGGUAAGCCACUUAAUGAGUACAAUCAACCGAUGAUGAUGCCGAAUGGUUAUGUGUACGGUGAACAGGCUUUGGAGAAAAUGGCUCUUCAAUACAAUGGUGCUGUAAUCUGUCCGAAGACCAAAGAAGCAUUCCCAUUCAGGAAGAUCGAGAAAGUUUAUGUUAUGUAAGAUAAUUGUUUAGUGAUAAUAAAGAAAAAAAAUCAUAUUAACGAUAAUUAUGCAUUGAUUAGUCUUAAGAAUCACAUAAUGUAUGUAUCUUUUCGCGUAUUUACGAUUCGGCAGUAUGUCACUAAAACGUGUGAAAUCUCUAUCGAUUAUAAGAAUAAAUAUAUUUUGAAAAAAGUU